GCGGCUGCGGCGCAGGCGCGGCGACCCGGCCGUGUUGCGCAGGCGCGGCCAUGUCGGCCGCCGUGGAGCGGCGGUUGGCGGAGUUCCGUGCCGCCCGCGGCAGUACCGCGGCCACCGCCCCGCCGCGCCCCGCGGAGCCUCCCGCGGAGCCCCCCGCCGCGGCCGCGGCGCCCGAGGCCGCCGAGGGGCCGCAGGCGCGGGGCGGCGCGGCGGCGCCGGCGUGGGCGUUGAAGGUGCUGCUGUGGGGCGCGCUGCUGGCGCUGGCGGCCGGGCUGGGGCUGGCGCUGCCUUUCGGCCUCCUUUCCGGCCUCUACUGGAUGCACGCAGCCACCCGCGGCCCCGCCGAGCGGCGGCGCGGCGAGCUCAGCGCCUACUCCGUCUUCAACCCCGGCUGCGCCGCCAUCCCCGGGACGCUGACGGCCGCGCAGCUGGAGCGGGAGCUGUUCUACCGGCCCGCCGCCGGCAGCGCUGGGUAGAACCCUCCCCCCCUUUCUGAAGGAAGGACGGACGGACAGACGGACAGACAGACAAGGGGCAGUAGCACUGCAACCGCUUCUGGCCGUGCUUAUCUGUUUCUUCUGCUGCAAACAUCUGAUUUUGAUGGAAA